AUGAUAUCAUUUCUCCCACUUGUCCAUCAAACUAUGUUUCAUCUAUACUUUGCUCUUUCGAUUUUAAUUUCAGCUAUUGCGGCUGAUCCAUACAGUAAGUUCGGAAAAAAAAAGUAAUUUUCAAUUUUGAAAAAAUGAUUCAAUUCAGUUUGUAAUGGUACAAAUACAAUCAGUGCUCCGGCUGAUUUGAAUUCCACGAUAAACUAUCCAAACUCAUGGAACGUAUCCUUGCCUGUUCCAACAUAUCAAAUAAAUCAACAAUGUCGAUGGAAUGUUGAAGUUCCUCAAGGAUAUUUUGCAUAUUUAUCUGUUAGUGCAGAAACACCAACAACUUCAAGUUUACAAUUGAUUUACUCGAAUGGAAUGAUCGAUAAUGUUAUUGGAAAUGUUUCGGGUUCUCCUUAUAUGUUCCUUGCUACAAAAUUCAGCAUUUUGUUGUAUUCAACGUCUUUGGUUCCAGGAAAAUUGGCAUUCCGAAUAAAUUAUAUGAAAAGUAUGUUCAUAAUUACAAAAUCUAAAACACUAAUCAAUACGAUUUUUUGCAGUGCCAGAUUUCAACCCAGAUUAUCAUGCACUCACUGCAACUGAUCCUGAAAUCAUAUCUGACUUGACCGCUUGUGUUAUCACUGCACCAACUUCACAAGUAUCAUUAAUUGCUUCAAAUACAGCUUCAUUUGUUUUCUAUCCUUUCAAUAGAUUAUUUGUUGUUUUCGAUGGUUCAAGUCCAAAUGCCACAUAUCUUGGAAAUCUCGAUCAAGUUCUUGGAUCUGGAAAACAAUUGGUUUCAUCUGGAAAAACACUGACUGUUCUCAAUCUGAUUCCAAGUGUUUCGAAUCUCGGUAAUUUUAUUAUGGUGCAAGAUUAUUCGAGUGAGUUUUUAAGAAACAACAGACUUUCUCAUAAUCAAAACUUCAGACGUCAAGCAAUUCACCAAUUACCGUUUCGCCACGUGUAUAAUAUAUGAUUGUUAUGUGGGAUUUGAUGCUGUAAAUGGUACAGCAGCAGUAGUUUCAAUUUCAAAAUCAGCAUCAUAUUUGAAAUCAGUUAAUAUUGCUCCAACAUCAAGUUUGAAGGUGUAUUAUGGAUCAAUCAAAAGUUCAAAUAUUGUCAAUUCCUAUAAUUCAAAAUCAACAGGAUUUCCUCAAAAGUUGAACAAUUUUAUUACUACAUUUGUUCUUGAUUCAAAUACUGGACUUAUUGAAAUUUCAUAUGAAAAUUUGAUGACAACAUGGAAUACAGUUUACAAUAACCGAACUGGAUACGUAACUUCUCCAAAUGUUGGAAUUUCUUCUGUUAAUCAAUCUGUAACUGAAACGUUUGGUGGAAGUGAUUAUUAUAACUACACAACAACAGUUAUCAAUCACGGACUUGUUGGAAAUGCAACUCUUCAAAUAACAACUUAUGAUAAAUCCGGAAAUGCUGUUGAUGAUCAUGUUUACAACAAAAACAAUCUUCCACCAACAAAUCAAGAUGUUCAUCCAGGAAAAUCAUUGAGUAUUGUUUAUAAAACAAAUGGAGAAAAUACAACUGGCACUCUUAUUGAUUUUUCGAUUGUUAAAACUAGUGAUAAUGGAACGGGAAUUCUAAUGUUAUGGGUAACUUUCGCAAUUUCACUUUUUUAUUUAUAA